UCCAGCAAACCGUGGCUGGUUACUUUCCCCUUCCACUACGUCCUUCGUUCCACGACUCUACCUGGUCGUGUCCUGCAGCUUCAUUCUCUACUCACGGAGCACUUACAGCGCCGGUUUUUUGUUCUCGCGUCUUCGUCUACAAGCUGGUGUAGCCUCUCAUAGCAUCGGCUUGUACAAGGACGAGUUCUUAGAGGCUGGGAUGGAAUCCUAGAGAUUCUCCCGGGGCUUUAUUGUCCUGCUGCUAUUUCACCACUCGCUGAAGAGACCAGCUGAGCCUGGUGUGGCUCUCUCUCGGGGAGCUGGAGCAGCUCUUUGGAGGAGUUAGUCGCUCUUUCCAUCGCCGGGUUUUUUGUGCUGCGGAGAAGACGAUCUGGAAUACUAACUAUCUGACCAAUUGUCGUGGCAUCAGGAUAGUUUUAAGACACGCAUUGCGGUAGUCACAAGCCUCUGAUUGCAUUUCAAAUACUUUUGCAAAGCUGCGGGUGGUGUUACUACCUGCUUCUCUUAUAGUAAACCUCGAGGUGUGGUCAUAAAGCAAAGGUGAUAAGAGAAUCAUCGUUCGAAGCAUAUCCAACUUUCACGGGAAAGUGUAGAACUCAAUCACGGUAUUGCUGCUGAUUUUGUUCGAAGGUACGCUCAAGCAGUUGGGCGUAGCUGUGAGCGUGGAAUUGUCUACUGUAGGCUCUGAGUGGCUGAGUGUCCUCCCUUGACAUUUCUGUGGUUUAAAGUCUCAUCAGAACAAACACCAUGGGUGCCUGGGCGCUCGCACUUCACGGUGGUGCAGGAAUGAUUGCCCAGGAAAAGAUGAGUGCAGAUUGGCAGAAGUGCACUGAAGAAGCUCUCAAUGAGAUCUUGAACAUUGGCAUUACUGCGUUACAAAACAAGCUUACUGCCUUGGAAACUGUAGAGCUCGUGGUGAAGGCACUGGAAGAUAAUACCUUAUUCAACGCUGGUAAAGGCUCUGUGCUGACGAAUAAGGGCACCGUAGAGAUGGAGGCGAGUAUAAUGGAUGGGAGAACAAAAAAUUGCGGUGCCGUUUCUGGACUGUCCACCGUUGUUCAUCCCGUCUCACUGGCUCGAUUAGUGAUGAGCAACUCCCCUCACGUUUACCUCGCCUUUAAUGGAGCAGAGGAGUUUGCGAGACAGCAGGGAGUUGAGAUGGUGGAUACCGAGACCUUCAUAACUGAUGAGAACAGAGAGAAGCUGGAGAUGGCAAAGAAGACGAAAUCCGUGGAGUUGGACUUUUCCGAGCACGCUCCUGACGUGAUGAAUAAUAAUGAUAAUGAAUAUUCAUUCAACAAAGGCAACGGCAUCGUCCACUCUGAUCAUCAACCUGUAAUUCAUUGGGAGAACGGGCACGCCAAGGCUAAUGGUCAUUUUGACUGUGGUCACGUACAUAGAAAGAAAGGAGCCCUUCAUCAAGUUUUUAAGGCAGAAUUUGAGACCGUAGGUUGUACAGCAGUGGAUUCUUUAGGGAAUUGUGCAGCAGCUACAUCCACUGGGGGACUUGUGAAUAAGAUGUCUGGAAGAAUUGGCGACACGCCCAUAGUCGGAGCAGGAACCUAUGCAAACCACCUCUGCGCAGUGUCAGGAACUGGACGAGGCGAAGAGUUCAUCAAACACACGGUUGCCAAAGAAGUUGCAGCCAUGAUGGAAUAUAAGGAGCUGCCCCUGGGCAAAGCCGUUUACAAGGUAAUUCAUGAGAAGCUUCCAGAGAACAUGGGGGGAUUGAUUGCGGUCUCAGCGUCUGGUGAGGUAGCCAUGGCUUUCAACACUCCAAGCAUGUUCCGAGCCAGUGCUCAGGAAGGAGGAGAACGCAUGAUCGGGAUCUGGUAAACUAACAAUGAGACACAUUUCGCAAGUGGUCCUCCUCAGCAUGUGCCUUGACAAAUUUGCAAGCACCUGAUCCUCUUCUUGGAAAAGACUUCCUUGAGCGCCAAGGAGAGAAGUGACUCCUGCAUGUGAGAUCGACGGCAGGGGAUUAUUUAGCAUACCAGCCAGGUACAAGUGAAUCACCCCCCUCCCAUCGAAAGAUCUCUUCCUGACUAAUUUUCGUUGAGCUAGUGAACGAAUGUACAGUUCCGUGCAAACUUGACCAUUUCUCCAGUUAACGGCCAAUGGGGAAAGCACCGAUAGACGGCAAACAGAAUAACGUGGAUCCUGUGAAUUUAAUGAAACACCAUUUACCUCUCUCAUCAA